AUGGAAAUAUUUGUAAAAGAAGGUGAUGGUGCUGAUAAAGAAUGUAAAAUUGACAAUGCACCUAUUGAUGUUUCACUUAGUGUUUUUAUAGCUCUUGGCAUGUUAAUAAGUUAUUUGCCUCAAGUUCACAGAAUUAUUUCUCAUAAAACAAGUGAAGGAUUAAGUCCAUGGUUUCUUUUACUAGGAACUACAUCUGCAACAUGUAGUUUAUUCAAUAUUUUAUUAUUACAAUACGAGAUGAUCGAUUGCUGUUAUGACCCGAAAUCGGGAUAUGAUUGCUUUGCAAAUACACUUGGAAUAAUUCAAUUAAUUAUACAAUGGACAAUGUUUACUACAAUUUUUCUUUUAUACAUGUUAUAUUUUCCUCCUCAGAGAAAACUUACACCAUACAUUCGCCACAUACAUUUUAAUUCACCACCAACAACUUAUUCAUAUGAAUGGCGUGCAUCCCUCGGUGUCUCAUCAAUCAUUGCUGUACAUCUCAUCAUAACUUCUGUUGUUUCUUUGUUGCUUCUUAACAGUGGAAAACCAGAGGAUAAUCAGCUUACUAAAUUAUGGGCUGAUGGUUUAGGUAUUGUUUCUAUGUUUCUGGCUUCAGUUCAAUACAUUCCACAAAUUUAUAGAACUUGGAAAAGAAAGUCCGUUGGCGCUCUUAGAUCUUUUCUUUUCGUGUAUACACUUGCAAUUCGUCCUGGCGUAAGAUGGACAACAUGGAUUGUAUUUUUGGUAACAGGAUCUCUUCAAGGCAUACUUUUGGUUAUGUGUAUUUGUUGGUAUUAUCGUGCCAAAAGACUUGGCUAUGGUCCCUUCUAUGUUGGUGAAACAGAUCCACUCAUUAACAAUAAUAAUAACGACAGAUCUUCCGACAACAAUAGUGAGACUGCUGCAUUAAAGGCAUUGAAUAUACCUCAAGAAUUGGAUCCAGAUUUUACACAAGUGGAAAUCGAACAAAAUUUUAGAACAUUGAGAUCAAAGCUCAAUUCUCCUAUGACAAUUGCAGAUGAAAAUCUUUAUGAUGCUCUUAGGAGUGAAAUAGUGGUUUAG